UGGAUGUGGGAGAACCAUGGUCGUCAAUGCCCGGGGUCCAGCUGGCGAUAAGGCCGGGGAGUUGAUAAGGAUAAGGUGCGGAGAGGAGUGAGACCAGAAUGAUGAGGCCGUCAGAUGGAAGUCGGGCCCAAGUCACAUGCGGCAGGCAUGCAGCCAGCCAGCCAGCGAACCCAGAAUUCCAUCCUCGCCCUCUUUUCUUUCUUCCCCUCCCUUAUCUCUCUUCUCUUCCUCCUUCAUCCUUUCCAUCUCCCUGCCUGUCUCUCCAAGUCCUGUUUCUUCCCCGCAUCACCGUCCAGCAUCAUGUUGGAUACAUCUGCUAAACCCACCGAAGGGGAGCCGCAGUCGCCGACUUCACCAACCUCGCCGACUCUCUCCGGUUCUCGUUACAGUAAACAUAUUGUGUUAACCACAUACCCCGGCCAAAGCGGUAUCGACCCCAUCCCGCUCGAAUGGGGGGCCCCAGAUGCCAAGUCCCGCGGUCCGGUCGUUGUGUCCCGUAGCUCCGUAUUGCUCAAGCGACGGAAUGCAAUGGGUGCCCACGGUGGCAGUUACAGCAUCUACAAUGCCCUCGCCAUUGCCUCCGGAGAGCUAGAGCCGGAUUUUCGCCCGGACCUCAGUAACAGCCAGCCGACAUUCAACUUCCCGUGGCAACCUGCCUGGGGUGAUAAGACCAAGAUUGUGUCUAUGGAUCCUUGGGGGCAUGACAUUGUCAACCAGUUCCGGGAUGAGUUAGACAAGGGUUGGGAUAUUCGCCCCACAAUGGCCGUGACUCGCGCGAAUAUGAACUUUGCCGAGAUCUCGGAGGCAGUGAAGGAGGGGAAGCUGGAAGUGGAUGGGUCGAUUGUUGUUGAUGCGUCAGGUGAGGUCCGUGUUACCAAGGUUGCCGUCGAGCCGGUCUGGUAUCUGCCUGGAGUUGCGGAGCGGUUCGGGGUGGAUGAGGGGACACUGCGUCGGACACUAUUCGAGCAUACGGGUGGCAGCUAUCCCGAGUUGAUCACGCGGCCUGAUCUGAAGGUCUUCCUUCCUCCGAUUGGAGGUCUGACGGUAUACAUCUUCGGGCCUCCUGAGCGGGUCUCCGAUGAGAAUGUCAAACUGGCGUUGCGCAUUCAUGAUGAAUGCAAUGGUAGUGACGUCUUCCAAUCCGACAUCUGUACUUGCCGGCCGUACCUCGCAUUCGGUAUUCGGGAGGCAAUCCGGGAAGCGCAGAACGGGGGUAGCGGAGUGGUCAUUUACUUCCGAAAGGAAGGUCGUGCUUUGGGUGAAGUGAUCAAGUACUUGGUCUACAAUGCCCGUAAGCGUGGCGGUGACACUGCCGACAAGUACUUUACCCGGACGGAGAACAUUGCGGGUGUCCGAGACAUGCGCUUCCAAGCCCUGAUGCCCGACAUUCUGCACUGGCUCGGCAUCAAGAAGAUCGACCGGAUGCUGUCCAUGUCCAACAUGAAGCACGAUGCUAUUGUCGAGUCGGGAAUCAAAAUCCUGGAGCGUAUUCCAAUUCCCGAGGAGAUGAUCCCGACGGAUUCCCGUGUGGAAAUCGAUGCCAAGAUCAAUGCUGGAUACUUUACAACCGGAAAGCAGAUCACGACGGAAGACUUGACCGCGGUUCGCGGACGUGGAUGGGAGAAGUGGGAGGACAUUACGCACUGAUGCUUGCCCACAAACCACUACGAGUAUGACGAUAUUUCGGAUGCUUCGACUCACAGUAUAUCUGGUGAUGACAAUUGCACUGCAUUAACGGGUUCCGGAGCGACAUUGCUAGCAUAGGCUACAUAUAUGACAGAAAUGUAGAAAAAAAGAUCAA